AUGCCUCAGGGAGAUUACAUAGAGCUUCACAGGAAGCGCCAUGGUUUUAGGUUGGAUCACUUUGAACGCAAGCGCAAGAAGGAAGCGAGAAGACCCCAUGAGCUGGCUGAAUAUGAAAAGAAAGCCUUCGGUCUCAAGGCCAAGUUGCACCACAAGAAACGCCACCAGGAGAAGGCUGUUAUGCGCAAAACGAUUGCUAUGCACCAGCAGCGCGAAAAUAAGCACAAGGACGAGGAUGUAAUUCCUUCGGGUGCUGUUCCUUCCUAUCUGUUGGACAGGGAGGGUGUCUCUCGUGCUAAAGUCCUUAGCAACACUGUAAAGCAGAAGAGGAAAGAGAAGGCAGGGAAGUGGGCGGUGCCGCUGCCGUCUGUGAGGCCCAUUGCUGAGGAAGAAGUGUUCAAGGUUGUGAAGAGUGGAAAGAGGAAGAAGAAGGCAUGGAAGCGAAUGAUCACCAAGAUGACAUUCGUGGGGCAGAACUUCACCAGGAAGCCUCCAAAACUUGAGAGGUUUAUCAGACCCAUGGGUUUGCGUGUUACCAAGGCGAACGUGACCCAUCCCGAACUGCAAGCAACGUUCCAGCUCGAGAUCCUCGGUGUGAAGAAGAACCCUCAAGGCGCAGUGACUACCCAGCUGGGCGUCAUCACCAAGGGAACGGUAGUAGAAGUCAACGUGAGCGAUCUUGGACUGGUCACUCCAUCAGGCAAAGUUGUUUGGGGAAAAUAUGCUCAGGUUACCAACAACCCGGAGCUAGACGGUUGUGUCAAUGCAGUUCUGCUUGUAUGAUCGCAUGGGUUUUGUUUUGCUUUACAAGAUGAAGAGUCAUUUUUUUUCUUGUUUAUAUCAGCACUGUCUUCUCUUUGGUACUUGAUACGAGUUGGCAAAGCUACAUGUCUCUUUAGUUCAAAUCUCAAUGAUUUCUCUCCCGUGAUGAGGUGUUACAUGUUCGUAUACCAAUCGCGCAGAUUCUGGGAUAAUUUUCCAUAAAAAAGAAAGAAAAAAAAAUAAAAAUACAGCUUGUUCUGAUAGUCGUCUCGUAAAAAUACUACGUGUAUAUCUGAUCGAGCUCUCUUUCGUGCAACAUGACCAUGCUAUGUCAUACCCUUUAGCCUAUCCCGUAGUUCUGUCCUCAGCUGAAGACACUCAAGAACCAUCUAGUCUUACACAGUCCAAACAAACGUCUCACUGCUUAGUUUUCAUGCCACAUCUGUCCAAAAACACACUUCUCUUCAAGCAAAGAAACCGUUUCACCGACACUGUAUUAGCUUGCCAUGCAUCUUCUGAAGCCCAUUGCCACUUUCACACCAGCUUUACGAAUCACUCCGUCAACAUGUCGUGCAAGACCUGCUGUAAAACGCGUUCCUCAUUUCUCUAUGUGGAGCUCGCAGCACAUGUCUCUCGUCAACUUUCCUCGUGGAACUCCGAUGGCAAAAGGGUCCGCAAGCC